AUGAACAACCAAAACGACGGAUCCAUCGAUUUCCUGGAUCUGGGACUUCCGGAAAAUUUAGGAGAUUAUUGUGACCCAGUUCUGAUGGCAGUGUGCCAAAAUACUCAGUUUUUCGAAAAUUCUGAAAAUGACGAUAUGCCGGUGAUAGAGCCAGAAGGUUUCGUCGAAGAAAUGAGACCAGAAGUCAUCCAGCAAGAUGUCCCAACAACCAACAAUCAAUUGGACUUUAUUAUGGAGGUUGAACAGAAUCUGGAUAAGCUAGUGAUCCACAAUCCAAACCAAGAGGACCCAACUUUGACCGCCAUUAAUGGCCGCCAGGAUGACUGGGAUUUAGAAAUGGACGACGAAUUCGUCUACACUGACCUGGACAACUGUCAACAAUAUGAUUCCUAUGACCGACAGCAAGAGGAGAUGCUGGAAUUUCAGCCAGAUCAAAAGGAGGACUUCUUCCAAUAUGAGCAACACCAACAGCCCUACCAGAUAAAUCGAAUGGAAGUCUUCUCGGGACCAUUGGAGCGUCUUCCCGAUUCUUAUCCGUAUCCGGAGAUUCAGAAGAAGACCAUUUUUGAGACUAAACCCUCCUUGCCAUAUUCACCAGCUCUAUCCCCGGAUUAUUCCGUGGAUUCGUACUUCAAAGUGGACAACAACACUAACUACUCACCACCACCCCCACCACAAUCCCCAAGAAAGAUGAGAAGCCGAAAAAAUUCGGAAGUCCACAGUAAGAUUGGCAUGAAGAAUGGAAAAAUGACCAUCGGAAAGGUUGCGCAUACGAUUUCCAACGAAAAACCCUUCCGGAACCGUAUGACGAAGGCCGAGAUGAACAAAAUGACUGAAAAGCAAAAAGAAGACCGCAAAAAGGGCCAAAACAAGGUCAACGCCAAGAAUUGUGUCGCUAGGAAGAACAAUGAGAAGACGGACCUUGGGGAAAAAAUCGAAAUUUGGGCGGGAAAUUUGAAAAUCGUUGAAAGAGCGAACGGAUUGCAGAAAAAUGGAUUGCUCAGCGUAUACUCUACCGUAAUCUAUGGCGAAUUGCAAAACAAUUCGCAAUAUGGAAAUUUGGCGCAGUUUGAGGAGGGAAUUGAGCUUGCGAGGGCUGAAAUCGAUCAAGAAAUCACAAAAAUCUAUCGAUUUUCGUUCCAGAAGUACCAGGAGGCUGAGACGGAGUUCGAGAAGUUCAAAAAGCCAAAAACCGAUGAGAACCUGUCCCAGAACACCUAUGCCUCGCGGAAAUCCCGAGCCAAAACCGCUUUUGAGCUGGCGAAAUUGAGAUUUGAAGCGAAAAAUCUGGAAGUGGAGCUGGAAAAAAAUGUGAAAUUCAGCGAGAAAUUGGAGGAUUUUUCGGCGAAAAUCAACGAGAUUUUGGUUGGAAUGGGACGGGGAAAACAGUUGGCUGAGAAGGUGGUUUAUGAUGGAUUCCAGACAUUUGAGCCAAGUUAA